ACGUCACUCUCCAACAUUCUCUUUCCCUGUGUCAGUGUACAGGGAUCAUUUUUUUCCUUCCUCUACUCCCUCCCUCUGCCUGCCCCUCCCUCCCUGUCUCCCUUCCCUCCCUCCCUCCCUUCUCGACUGGAUCGGUCCGCUGGGGUGCCGGAUCCCCUCACGGUUGAGUCGCGCCGAACUCCCAGCAGGAGUCGGCUCUCUGGAGCCUGGUCCCUCCCUUCCCCUUCCCUGCCCCCUUCCCCCACCCCCGACGCGGGCUCCGCGCGACGGCCGGAGGAACCCCGAGCAGCCAGCCCAGGCCCCUGAGCUGGAGGGAUGGAGAACUCGUCAGCCGCAUCGGCCUCCUCCGAGGCAGGAAGCAGCCGCUCUCAGGAGAUCGAGGAACUGGAGCGCUUCAUUGACAGCUAUGUGCUGGAGUACCAGGUGCAGGGGCUGCUGACGGACAAGACAGAAGGUGACUGCGAGAGCCAGAGGACACAGUCCCACAUCUCCCAGUGGACUGCGGACUGCAGAGAGCAGCUGGAUGGUGGCUGUUCCUUCUCCAGAGGGCGAGCCCUGCCACAGCAGAAUGGAAACAAAGACAACUCUCUAGACAUGCUGGGCACAGAUAUCUGGGCUGCCAACACCUUUGAUUCCUUCAGUGGUGCCACCUGGGACCUGCAGCCGGAAAAGCUGGACUUCACCCAGUUCCAUCGGAAGGUCCGCCACACACCCAAGCAGUCCCUGCCACAUAUUGACAGAGAUGGGUGUGGCAAAGGGAAGCUGGAAGACGGGGAUGGCAUCAACCUGAAUGACAUUGAGAAGGUCCUCCCAACCUGGCAGGGCUACCACCCGAUGCCCCAUGAAGUGGAGAUUGCACACACCAAGAAGCUGUUUCGGAGGAGGAGAAAUGACCGAAGACGGCAGCAGAGACCUCCAGGAGGGAGUAAACCCCAACAGCAUGGGGACCAUCAGCCAGGCAGUGCCAAACACAACAGGGACCACCAGAAAUCCUACCAAGGGGGCUCAGGGCCCCACCCCUCAGGGAGGCCCACACACCACGGCUACAGCCAGAACAGGCGCUGGCACCAUGGCAACAUGAAGCACCCACCAGGAGACAAGGGAGAAGCAGGCAGCCACCGCAACGCCAAAGAGACCGUGACCGUUGAGAACCCCAAACUUGAAGAUACCCCCGGGGACACCGGACACAGUGGCCUUGAGCCUACCUGCAGCCCUGAUGCCCUGGCCCCAACAGCUUCCGAGAGGCCAGCCCCACAGCCACCUGGGGGGCCAGAGGCUGAGACCAAGCAUAAAGACAGUGUUCUUCCCGAGCGCCUCGGGGAGCGGCCCAAAAUCACCCUGCUCCAGUCUUCCAAAGACAGGCUGAGGCGAAGGCUGAAAGAAAAGGUAGCGGAAGAAGUGCCGGUUGAGACAAGCAAUCCUCAGCCAAACAAGAUGGACAAGUUGAUGGAGAUCCUGAACAGCAUGAGAAACAACAGCAGUGACGUGGACGCCAAGCUCACCUCCUUCAUGGAGGAGGCCCAGAACUCCACCAACUCCGAGGAGAUGCUGGGAGAGAUCGUGAGGACCAUCUACCAGAAGGCGGUGUCAGACCGCAGCUUUGCCUUCACGGCCGCCAAGCUCUGCGACAAGAUGGCACUCUUCAUGGUCGAGGGGACCAAGUUCCGGAGCUUGCUCCUCAACAUGCUCCAGAAGGACUUCACUGUGCGUGAGGAGCUGCAGCAACAGGAUGUGGAGCGAUGGCUGGGCUUCAUCACCUUCCUGUGCGAGGUGUUCGGCACCAUGCGGAGCAGCACUGGCGAGCCCUUCCGAGUGCUGGUGUGCCCCAUCUACACGUGCCUCAGGGAGCUCUUGCAGUCUCAGGAUGUGAAGGAAGAUGCUGUCCUGUGCUGCUCCAUGGAGCUACAAAGCACAGGCCGGCUGCUGGAGGAGCAGCUGCCUGAGAUGAUGACGGAUCUCCUAGCCAGCGCUCGAGAUAAGAUGCUAUGCCCCUCAGAGUCCAUGCUAACCCGGUCCCUGCUCCUGGAGGUCAUCGAGCUCCAUGCCAACAGCUGGAACCCUCUGACGCCCCCCAUCACGCAGUACUACAACAGGACCAUCCAGAAACUGACAGCCUGACAGACAAAGGGGCCUGGCAGGCAGCCCAUAGGCAGCUGGGGCCCUGGUCCACAGGGCCAGAUGGACAGGCAAAAAGACAGGGGUGGCCCUGGCGGGAAAAAGAAAUGAGCAGGGAAGCAAGCAGCAACAGUGGCCAGUCUGGAACCAGCCGAGGAGGGGAUUGGAUUCCUCAGAAGAGCUCCCCUAUGCAGCCUCCCCAGCCCGAGCAUGUGGCGGCUCACACCAAGGGACGCAUGUUUCUUUGUCCCGGUGGUGGUCACCCGCCGCCCUUGCUCUCCUCAGCUCUGGUCCUGCCCCCCCCCUGCCCUCCAACCCAUCCCCCCCCCCCCCCUCCGCGCCCCUAGAGCUUUAUGGGAGGAGUCUCUGCCGCUGCCCCUCACUGUCUCCAGCUGCCUCGCAGCCUCCCACACCUCUGGCCACGCUUGGGUCAGCCAGGACUGCUGAAGGCUGGAAAAGUGGGUCGAGAUGGCUCUCAUUGUUCCCACGUGCUGUCGGCUGGCCGCACUCGCCAACUGGCAGCAGGCAACGCGUAGCAGAUGUCUGGGAGGACAAAGGCAGGCACGGUCCCCACCAGCCGCCCAUAAUUGACAGCCUUUGUCAGCCCCAGUGGAACUGGGGGAAGGCUUCCCCCCCCUCUAACCUUCGUGCUUCUUCCUCCAACCCCCAGCCUCCAGCCCCAGGGCCUGCUGCUCCCUCAGGCAGAGAAGGAAGCCGGGGCUCAUAGCUCAGCUUGCGCCCUUUUAUUUUUAUUUUGUUUUCAAAAGUCGAUGCUUUGAAGUCUCUCUUCUCAAUGAACACGCCCUCAAUGUGAUCACACAGUCGUCCCCUCAAGGACCCCCUGAUUAAUGGGAGAUCAAACCCUGCCCCCUCUGGAAAGAAUCUAGCCACAAACAUCUUGUCAGUAGCCAGCUAGUAAUUGGAAACUUCUGCCCCAAUGGGGGUCCCCACUGGAAUCCUGUGUUCCUGGGCCCUUGUCCUGCAGUGCCUCUGUUCUUGUCCACUGCUAGCUUCCAAAGGGCUGAUACUGUCUCCUGGACUGCCUUAGGACCUGCCCUGGCCCCUGUCAGGACAAACAGGGCCAGAAACGAAGCUGGCAAAUUACAACCAAAUGCAAGUCUUGUUCCAAGGAACCGCUGGAGGAAGGAGCUGCUGCUGGCUUCAUGGGUCUUGGAGCCUCACUCAUGGGCUGUACCUCGCCCAUGCCUCAUCCCAAGCAAGACCUAGAACAGCCUCCAAGACUGUUAGGGAGAGGGGAAGUCCUUGGGUCAUGACUGGGACAGUUUGGUAGGUGACCAGGCAGCCAGCCAGAUGGAGUUUUUCAGGCUAGAAACAAAGCUAGGAUUUCUUGAAAGGCUUUGGUCCCAGGGAGCAACCCUUUCUAUAAUGACUAGAGAGGAGGAUUUGGCUAAGUCCUAGAGGCUGGUCUCUGUGUGGUAACUGGUGGCCGCUCUGCCUCGUCUCUGGGAAAUGAGAACCCAUGUUUUGAGGAUCUCCCGGAACAUGUCCAAGCCCAGUGGCUUCCCAGUGUUGGAGGCUCUUGAGCAGUGGUUCUCAACCUGUGGGUUGAGACCCCAUUAGGGGUCGAAUGAC